AUGGAAGAGUUGUGUCCCGGUUGCCUGUGUUCAGGAAGAAAAUUAACUUACAUUAACGGAACCUCUGUUUACUAUUUUUACAAACAAAUUGUUGAUGAAAUUGCCGCUCCAGAAGUGCUACCGCAGCUUUCAAAGGUUUGUUGGGAAUGUACAGCGCUGCUCCGUCGAUUCCAAUGUUUCCAGCAGCAAGUAAAGUGCUGUUACCUUGAGCUACUAAUGUGCGUACAGCAGAAUUCACAACAAUCACUAUCAAAACCAUCACACCUUCAAUGUCAGUCAGCAGUCACUAUUAGCUUUCCAGAAGUGAAAGUAGAUGUGGAGAUUAAGGAGGAAACAGAGGAAGUUCAUUGUGAACCAGAGACAUUUGUUAACCAGAUAACUUGGGGAGAUGAUUUAGAAAAAGAUGUGCUACCUUGUGAACCUCAAGAUAUUAUAAAGAAAGCUGAUAAGGCAGAGAAUAAACAAAAUCUGAAAGGCAAAACAAAGAAAAAGCAGAAAAAGAAACUAAAACUAAAAAGAAAAACUAAAUUAAAGAAAGAAACAUCUGAGAGCGACCAUGACUUUGACGAUAAUGAGACUGAUUUUCAAAUUGAGGAUGAAAAAGUAGAUCAAAAUAUUGAACAAGACAUAGAACAAAAUGUAAUAAAGGAAAAUUUAGAUAAAAAUGAAAUAAAUUCGGAGAAUGAAACUAAGGACAAGGACCUAUUAGGGACAGAAGUGAAUGAAACACAGAUUGAAUUGGAUGAUGAUGUACCUGAUGUAAAGAAUGAUGUUUCAGAGAAAGUGAAUGUAAGAAAUAGAGAACAAUUACCCGAGAGGCCUCAAUGUGUUGAAUGUGGGAAAGUGUUCAGUUCAAGAAAGACAUAUCGCUAUCACUUGAAUGUAUUACAUAAAGGCCAGAAUCGUCACCCGUGUCCGAAAUGCGGUAAAGUGUAUCAAUGGAAAUCGAACCUGGGAAGACAUAUGCGAAGUCAUAAGGCGCGUGAAAGUGGUGAAUUGUAUUGUGUGAAAUGCGACAAGUCUUUUGCGUCUGUGGCGACGUACAGGCAGCAUAUACGGGUGUCCAGACGACACGUAUCGGAAAGUGAAUUUACUUUCACAUGCGACGAAUGCGGAAAGAAGUUUGUGAGCAAGACACGCUUGCGUGACCAUGUUGAUUGGGAACAUCUAAACAAGAUUAAAUUCCGCUGUCAGCUGUGUAAUAAGCCGUUUAAAUGCCACACGUCGCUAUACGUACACCUUCAGAACGUGCACAGGAAUAAAGAAAGGAGAGACAACUUGUGCCAUGUCUGUGGGAAAUCAUAUCAGAAUGCAGCGAAAUUAAAAUACCACAUAGUGGCGAUGCAUACGAGUGAGACGCCAUAUCAGUGCGCCGACUGCGACGCGGCCUUUGGGUGGUACUCCUCGUUGUACCGGCACAUCCGGGAAGUGCAUUACAAGAUGAAAAUUCAAGCAAAGAAAAGUAAGAAGGAUAAAAAAUUACAGUUGCAAGAAUUGAUCCCGCUACCCUCGGAACCGCCGGGACCUUAG